CUGAUGAUAAGCUUGGCAUAAUUUAAAGAAAAGGCAAAUCGUGAUUAUCUUAUCUUAUGAAGAAGUUGUAAAACAAAAUGAAUAACCUGCAGGCAUUUUUAUUAAAUUAGGAACUGUUAUAGUCUCUUUUACACAACUGGCCAUAGGAUCUGAUUCCCGUACCACGUGGUGACACCAUAUUCACUGUAGUAUGUACCAGUUGGCGUUAGUGCUGUUGCUGUGCUGCAGCUUUGCCCUUGCGGAAAACAUUUCAGACAAAGACAAAAGGUUCAUUGUGACGGUUUCUAAUAAAAACAUUCUAGGUGUACAGACGGAGGUUUCGCUUUGUAAAUGUUUCAACGAAUGUCACAUGGAAUCCUUUACACACAUCGACUCAAUCGAGUAUCAGACAGUUUGGAGUUCCAUCGAUUGUUCAGAAUUAAAAAGAUGCAAUCUUAUCAACCCGUGUGAGAAUGGAGGAUAUUGUCUCAAUACAAAUCAUGGUGACUUCUACAGCUGUAACUGUCAGCCUGGAUUUACCGGCAAAAAUUGUAAUAUCACAGAAGCUGUCCAGUGCGAAAAGUCAAAUCCCUGUCGUAAUGGAGCAACCUGUAUAAGUACUAACGGUCACUUUCAAUGCAAAUGUACAAAUGGUUGGAACGGUGUUCUUUGCGACGAAGAUGAAGAUGAAUGUCAGUUAUAUAACUUAUGUCGUAAUGGCGCAACUUGUAUCAAUACCAAAGGUCACUUUUCAUGUCAGUGUAAACAAGGUUGGCACGGCGCUCUUUGCACUGAAGUUGUCGACGAUUGUUCAUAUGGCCCCUGUUUGCAUAAUGGGACGUGUAUCAAUACAAACGGAUCAUACAAUUGCAUGUGUCCUGUAGGAUGGACAGGCACUAACUGUGAAAUAGAUUUAGAUGAAUGUGCAACAUUUAACUCAAAAGGAUUUUUAUGCAGAAAUAGUGCCACAUGUAUAAAUUUACCCGGUGAUUUUCAGUGCAAUUGUGCAAGUGGUUGGACAGGCAAAUUCUGUACAACAAGAUAUGACGAAUGUCAGUCAAACCCUUGUAUGAAUAAUGGCGUAUGUACGGCUACCACGGAUGGUUUCAGCUGUAAAUGUUCGCCAGGAUGGACUGGUGCGAAAUGUGACACAGACAUAGAUGAGUGCUUGAUGACACCUUGUUUUAAUAAUGCUGCAUGUACAAAUACUGCUGGAGGAUUUUAUUAUAAUACACUUGAAAAGUUUUGCAUUUACGCAUUAAUUCAGGGUCAUGUUGAUCAUAAUGGUGGCACUUGUACAAAUUUGAAUGGAGGAUAUAAGUGCGCAUGUCCAACCGGAUGGACAGGAAAGAACUGUGAUACAGAUAUAGAUGAGUGUUCUAUGUCGCCUUGCUUGAAUAAUGCUACAUGUACAAAUACUGUUGGGGCAUUUCAUUGCACAUGCACUGACACAUGGACAGGACCUAUCUGCAUUAAAGAUGUAGACGAAUGUUUAAACAAUCCUUGUAAGAAUAAUGGCAGGUGUUCUAACUUGAUUGGAGAUUAUGAUUGCGCAUGCCCAGUGGAGUGGACCGGGAAAAAUUGUGACAUUGAUGUAGAUGAAUGUUUAAACAAUCCGUGCAUGAAUAGUGGCACAUGUAUUAACAUGUACGAUGGCUAUAACUGCAUCUGCCUAGCAGGAUGGGGCGGCAAAAAUUGUGAUACAGAUAUUAACGAAUGUUUGCAUAAUCCGUGCAAGAAUAAUGGCACGUGUUUUAACAUGAAUGGAGGAUACACCUGCCGGUGCCAUGCAGGGUGGUCCAGAAAACACUGUGAUAUAGAUAUCAACGAAUGUAUACAUAACCCGUGUAAGAACCUCGGCACAUGUUCUAACACAGACGGGGGAUAUCACUGCGCAUGUCAGUCAGGAUGGACUGGAACAAACUGCGAUAAAGAUGUAGAUGAAUGUUUAAGCCAUCCGUGUAGAAAUAAUGGCACGUGUUUUAAUAAAGACGGAGGAUAUAACUGCACAUGUAAAGUAGGGUGGACCGGAAGAAACUGUGAAACGGACGUAAACGAAUGUUUACAUGACCCGUGUAAGAACAAUGGCUCGUGUUUUAACAUGAAUGGAGGAUACACCUGCAGGUGUCAAGCAGGGUGGUCCGGAAAACACUGUGAUAUAGAUAUAAACGAAUGCAUACAUAACCCGUGUAAAAACGUUGGUACGUGUUCUAACACAGAUGGUGGAUACCACUGCAUGUGUCAUUUGGGGUGGUCUGGAAAAGACUGCGAUAAAGAUGUGGACGAAUGUUUGCACAAUCCAUGUAAGAAUAAUGGCACAUGUUCAAAUAAGGACGGAGGAUAUACCUGUGCAUGUCAAGCAGGGUGGACCGGACAACAAGACUGUGAUACAGAUGUAGAUGAGUGUUUAAACAAUCCGUGCAAGAAUAAUGGUAAUUGUAUAAAUAUGGACGGAAGUUAUAACUGCGCAUGUCAGUCAGGAUGGACAGGAAGACACUGUGAUACAGCUGUUGAUGCGUGCUUGCCGAAUCCUUGUUUAAAUCAUGGUACAUGCAAGAACACAGUAAAUGGUUUUAACUGUAAGUGCAUACCGUCAUGGACAGGAGCGAAAUGUGACACAGACGUCGACGAGUGUAUGCAAUCACCAUGCUUUAAUAACGGUACGUGUACAAACUUCGACGGCGGAUUCUAUUGCACUUGUACUGACGAAUGGACAGGUCCAAUAUGUUUCAGAGAUGUAAAUGAAUGUCUAAACAAUCCAUGUAAGAAUAAAGGCACGUGCACCAAUAUUCCCGGAGGAUACAACUGCGUAUGUCCGGAAGGUUGGACCGGAAGAAACUGUGAAACAGACAUUGAUGAGUGUAAAACCCUUCCAUCUGCUAAGCUUUGUCAAAACGGAGCAGCUUGUAUAAACACCCCUGGUGGCUUCACAUGUGACUGCGCUAUCGGAUGGACCGGAAAACUUUGCUCCACUGACAUCAAUGAGUGUACAAAUGGUAGUUUGUGUCAAAAUGGCGCCACGUGUGUCAAUACACCGGGCAAUUACACGUGCAACUGUAAAGUAGGAUGGACUGGGAAUAAUUGUGAAUUCGAUGUAAACGAAUGCCUGUCAAAUCCUUGUUCUAACAAAGGUACUUGUAACAAUACGAUGGGCGCUUAUCACUGCAAGUGUUUUAGUGGAUGGAUGGGUCUGCACUGCGACAUAGACAUUGACGAGUGCUCCAAUGACGGAUUAUGUCAGAAUGGAGGCUCUUGUGUCAACUCACCUGGAAAUUACACGUGCAAUUGUAAAUUAGGUUGGACAGGAGACAACUGUGAACUAGAUGCAUGUCAUGUGAAGCAAUGUGGGGCACACGGAACAUGUAUUCACCAGGAAAUGUUUCCAUUCUAUCAUUGUAACUGCUCUGGUGGUUUUUUAGGACGCCAUUGUGAAUUACCUAUAUGUGACACAAAACCAUGUCAGAAUGGUGGAAGAUGUAUUCCAAUAAGCUCAGGCCCGUACUUCCGCUGUGAGUGUCCGGGACAAUACUUCGGAGAUAACUGUGAACUGUCGCCGACGUGGUCAAGUUGGUUUUAUGGUGCAUGUUCAGUCACGUGCGGAAGUGGCACACGUCCUGGAAUAAGAAGAUGUAACACAGGCCAUGAAGAAGACUGUCCUGGUAGCUCGAUACAAAUGUUUGAUUGUCAUUUAGCACCAUGUAAACGAACUCGGUAUUAAUAGGCUGUUUAUAGAACAUAUACGCUGUUUACUGUUCGUAUUAUUUCAUUUUGUUGUUUACACACCUUUCUAACAAAUAUGUUAUUCUUCUGUAAACACACUUGUACAAUAAAUGUCU